CUUGAGCAAUCAAUUUGCACAGCCCUCAUGACUGAUAUAAAAUAACCCUUGCAUUGGGGAGAAAGUAGUUUUUGUGAGCCUCAUCUAGAACAGCAGAAACCUCAGAAUUAUCUCACCAAAAGAUGCAUCUGAUUCUGGUGUCCAGUCUUCUUCUUUUGGGAACAUCUCUGGCCAAUGGACAUGCAUCAGAUCCUGAAGGAAAAUGUGCACCAACUACUGUGGUUGAAGAUAUACAAUUAAUUCAACAAAAGGUAAAUGAUCUGACAAACGCCUUCUACACAGUCCAUAGAGCUCGGACUUUUGGCAGUGGCAGUGAAAGAUUGUACGUGACUAACAAGGAAGAAGGGAUAUAUGAAGAUCUCAACCAGAAGUGUACCCUAGCUGGUGGCCGUAUUCCUUCUCCUCAACUAGAAAAUGAGAAUAAGGCUUUUGCAAGUGUUUUGGAGAGGCACAACAAAGAAGCCUAUCUUCUCAUACACGAUCCAGCGAACUUCACCAACUGGGCUGAGGGAGAACCAGAUAACGCUGAUGGAACCAAGGCAUGCGUGAUAGCAGAUAAAGACGGAGCCUGGCACGCGGCAUCCUGUGAAGAAAAGCUCUUGGUUGUAUGUGAAUUUUCUUUUAUUUAAUGCGAAUGAAGACUAGUGUACUGAGGGGCUAUGUACAGCACCUGUGAAUGAUUCCAUUUGCAUAUAUAUUCAAGAAUAAUAAAUAAAUUCAUGAAAUAAAUGUCA